AUGCGCUUCGCGGCCCGCCUCAAGUCUCUCGAUGAAGCCCAUCCGCUUGCGAAACGUACAUACCAGGUGCCGCGAGAAGGCUUCCGGACCCGACUUCGACGCAGUGACCAGCUGCUGCCUUGCAGCAGGCGGCCACUCCUCCCUCGCCGCUUCGGCGACGAUCAGGCGCUGCCUCUGCAAACCGCCCCGAAAGACCAGUCAGCAGCGGAUUUCCGCAUUUGGCUCCGGUCAGUGCCACCACACACUCUGGUCGUCUACUCAGACGGAUCGCUCUCCUCGGAUGCAGCGGUCGGUUAUGGCUAUGCCAUCCAUCUGGAUGGGCAAACCGUCCUAAGUGGCUGCGGCCGACUUGGGCCCGCUGAGGUUUUUGAUGCAGAAGCGAAAGGCGCGCUCGAGGACUCCUCCCAGGAUGUCUUCCUCGAGUUCCAGGCCCUGGCCACAGCACACGCGAAAGCAGGAACCUCUCAACCCGAGCCCGCAGGCGCUGUCCCGACACUGGCAUAUCUGCGCAGGGCUGCUAGGCAGCAGCCUAAAAGUGCAUUUAAAGCCUGGUGGGAAGCCUCUGCACCCGAACAGUACAAGCCACUGCACCUGCCGACGACCGGCUGCCCCGGAGCUCAAACUCCCCGACCGCUACUCCACCACUUGCUUGCAGCCCGAACCCGUCACGGGGACUUUGCCGACUACCACGAGAGGUUCAACCACGACGAUGCGCGACUGACGUGCUCAUGUGGCCGACGAAAGAGCCAAACCAUGUCUUUUAUUGCCGAAAGAUCGAGCCGCGGCAUCGGAUGA